AUGCGGUGGGUGAUAGUUGUAUUUGCUUUAUUUGCCUUCAUGGCUGUGGGAUCUCUGGCCCAGCUCGAUACACUGCCGUUCCUAUUUGUCUCCAAGUCCGUCUCAGACGACUACGUGGUAGCUGGUAACAGCGUGGAGUUCACUGUCACUGUUUACAACUACGGCCAGAGCCCUGCGAUGGAUGUGACAGUCACAGACAUUUUGGUGGACGGCACGACACGUACAAAGCGUGUAGAAAUGCUUUCCUUUGGAGAGAGUGCCGUGCUGAAGUACACCGUAAUACCGAAAGAGCUUGGCAACUACGUUGUUGGCGUUGCAGAGGUGACAUAUGCCCUGGAGAAGGGGAAGCCAGCUACACACAGAGCGUACAGCAAUGUCAUUCGCGAGAGUAAUGCGCACUUCCUGGGAGAAAAAUACGACGACGAGAGUUUUCGUGGAGUUGUGUCGGUUGUAACGCGGGAACGUUACGAUCGUUUACACAAGCGGUAUGUUCGUGAAAUUGUGGCGUAUAGUAUACUUUGCGUCAUUCCCGCGCUUUUUCCUUUUUUUGUUUACCGCGCGGAGCAAAAUCAGGUGGAACUUCUGAUUCGCCGCUCCAAACUCAACAAGUAG